AUGGAUGAGUUCCCAUCAUCGACCACCCUGACAACGCAGACACACAGUCGGGGUAUUUCUGGGUCGCUGCCAUUCACCGCCACCCCCUAUCUAGCCGCCAGAGGCCGGGGUUGGGCUCUGAGUCUGGAAAGGGCAAGACAAAGUGCACGGUCACAGUCCCAGGCCCUGGAACAGCGCGGACAGGCUGAGAAAACCUCGGAGUGGAGCCCAAGGGCUGGACAUCUCAGCUCACCUAAGACUGGAAGGCCAGCUCCACCCCCAGAGCAUAGAGAUUCUGCAGGCAGGGUGUUAGCCCAAAUUCGCUGGCGUUUCCGGGUACCCACUGCGCCCAACCCUGAGUGGCGUUCAGCUGGGCCAAGCAUGGCCUCAGGACCUGAGACCCGGACAGAAGUGGACACUGCGGCUCCAAACCCCAGGCUCAAAGGGAGACACCCAUAUGCAGAGUUCUGGAGCGCCUGCCUGGAGCCAGAAAGCAUAAGGAGGCUCUACAAAUACAUGAAGGACGUGCAGGAGGCGCCGUUGCAGGGUGAGGUCUGGGACGGUAAUCAUGUACCCCAGGAAUCACCCAGCACGGCAUCCACAGAGGAAGAUCUUCAUCAACUAGUUGGCACUGAUGACAAAUCAGCGCAAGCAAAACAGCAUGUCAAGGCACAUCUAGAGAUUGUGCCUUUCCUAAGGCUCUGGGGUCUCCUGGGUGGUACAGGUCAGGAUCAGCCACCUGACUUAGUGUCAGCCAUCGGGCGUGAGCUACAAAGCAACCUGCAGAUGGUUGCUACUUGUACUAGGCCUGGAGGUUUCCAGGUGAUGCAAAGGUGGCUGCUGCUAGUGCCAAGCCUGGAGCUGCUUAGCCAGAGUCUUGAUGAUGAUUUGCAUGAUCACUUAAAAAUGGUCAUGAAUGAAUCCCCCUUCAGCCAUUCUUGCAGACCACAGGCAGAGUGCGAGGAAGUGACAUACGUGAACUUCUGGCCUCCGGAGUCUGAGGGACCAGAAUCUUCAGACUGGAUUCAGACCAGCAGAGGGAGGAGAGAAAGCCUUCAGGCCCAAAGAAAGUCUCCAGGCCCGGUAGCUGCACAGGUUUCUGUAACUGAGGAGGAAGCUUCCUCCUCCUCUCUUUCUCCUUUGAUCCAGGAGACUCCAAACACGCUUGCUGCUGGAAUAUCAAGUGUUCCCCAGAGUUCCCAGGGAGCCUGCUCCUCCCCGGCUGCCAUCAAAGCCAUUCCCUCGAGCAAAUCAAAUGAGGGCUCCAGCAGGCAAGAGGGUCCAGGCACCUAGCAGGCUCCACCAAAUCCUGAGUCCUUGUAUGCUGAAGGGCUACAAAAGAAGGUGGCUGAAUUGGUAAAAUACCUGAGUAGCAAGUAUUUAACAAAGGAGCCUGUCCCAAAGGCAGAAAUGCUGAAGAGAGUCAUCAAAGAGCACAAGGAUCACUUCCCUGAGAUCUUCCAGAAAGUCUGUGAGUGCAUGGUGGUUGUCUUUGGCAUUGAAGUGAAGGAAGUGGACCCCACCAGCCACUCCUAUGUGUUGGUCAAAAUACUAGACCUUACCUAUGAUGGGCUAGUCAGUGACAACCAGGGCAUGCCCAAGACUGGCUUCCUGAUACUAAUCUUGGGCGUAAUCUUCAUGGAGGGUAACCGUGCCCCAGAAGAGAGAAUCUGGGAAGUGCUGAAUAUGAUUGGGCUGUAUGCUGGGAGGGAGGAUUUCAACUAUGGGGAACCCAGGAAGCUCAUGACCAACGAUUUAGUGCAGGAAAAAUACCUGGAGUGCCAGCAGGUGCCCAACAGUGAUCCUCCACGCUACGAGUUCCUGUGGGGUCCAAGAGCCUAUGCUGAAACCACCAAGAUGAAAGUCCUGGAGUUUUUCACCAGGGUCACUGGGACUGAUCCCACUGCCUUCCCCCGCUGGUAUGAGGAUGCUUUGAGAGAUGAGAGAGAGAGAGCUGAGGCCAGCACCGCCACCAGUGAUGGUACUACCACCAUGGCUGGUGAGAGCUCCAGUGUCACAUCCAACAGCUUCUCCUGUCCUGAGUAA